GAGUUUGCGGCUGCGAUAGACCAUGGAGAUGUCAUGGGCGCGACAGAGCCUGGCGGGGAUACCAGCAGCGUGUGAUGAGUUCCACCCGUUCAUCGAGGCGCUGCUGCCUCACGUCCGCGCCUUCUCCUACACCUGGUUCAACCUGCAGGCGCGGAAGCGCAAGUACUUCAAGAAGCACGAGAAGCGGAUGUCGAAGGACGAGGAGCGGGCGGUGAAGGACGAGCUGCUGGGCGAGAAGCCCGAGAUCAAGCAGAAGUGGGCAUCCCGGCUGCUGGCCAAGCUGCGCAAAGACAUCCGGCCCGAGUUCCGAGAGGACUUUGUGCUGACCAUCACGGGCAAGAAGCCCCCCUGCUGCGUGCUCUCCAACCCCGACCAGAAGGGCAAGAUCCGGCGGAUUGACUGCCUGCGCCAGGCCGACAAGGUGUGGCGGCUGGACCUGGUCAUGGUGAUUUUGUUUAAGGGGAUCCCCCUGGAAAGUACUGAUGGGGAGCGGCUCUACAAGUCGCCCCAGUGCUCGAACCCCGGCCUCUGCGUCCAGCCACAUCACAUUGGAGUCACAAUCAAAGAACUGGAUCUUUAUCUGGCUUACUUUGUCCACACUCCAGAAUCCGGACAAUCAGAUAGUUCAAACCAGCAAGGAGAUGCGGACAUCAAACCACUGCCCAACGGGCACUUAAGUUUCCAGGACUGUUUUGUGACUUCCGGGGUCUGGAAUGUGACGGAGCUGGUGAGAGUAUCACAGACUCCUGUUGCCACAGCAUCAGGGCCCAACUUCUCACUGGCGGACCUGGAGAGUCCCAGCUACUACAACAUAAACCAGGUGACCCUGGGGCGGCGGUCCAUCACCUCCCCUCCUUCCACCAGCACCACCAAGCGCCCCAAGUCCAUCGAUGACAGCGAGAUGGAGAGCCCUGUCGAUGACGUCUUCUAUCCUGGCACAGGCCGCUCCCCAGCAGCUGGCAGCAGCCAGUCCAGUGGGUGGCCCAACGACGUGGAUGCAGGCCCGGCUUCUCUAAAGAAGUCAGGAAAGCUGGACUUCUGCAGUGCCCUCUCCUCUCAGGGCAGCUCCCCGCGCAUGGCUUUCACUCACCACCCGCUGCCUGUGCUUGCUGGAGUCAGACCAGGGAGCCCUCGGGCCACGGCAUCAGCGCUGCACUUCCCCUCCACGUCCAUCAUUCAGCAGUCGAGCCCGUAUUUCACGCACCCGACCAUCCGCUACCACCACCACCACGGGCAGGACUCGCUGAAGGAGUUUGUGCAGUUUGUGUGCUCGGACGGCUCGGGCCAGGCUACCGGACAGCCCAACGGUAGCGGCCAGGGCAAAGUCCCGGGGUCAUUUUUGCUACCGCCGCCGCCUCCAGUGGCCAGACCUGUGCCCCUUCCUAUGCCUGAUUCCAAAUCCACCAGCACUGCCCCAGACGGCGCCGCCUUGACUCCUCCAUCACCUUCAUUCGCAACGACAGGCGCCUCCUCUGCCAACCGGUUUGUCAGCAUCGGACCCCGGGACGGCAACUUUCUGAACAUCCCACAGCAGUCUCAGUCCUGGUUCCUCUGAUAAGAUCGACAGAAGAAAUGACAAAAUGUAAAGAAGAGGUUCCUCAAACGGGGGGAGAAGAAAUUUUG